AUGCCCAUGAGAAAGGCAGCAGAGAAUUCUGAAGGAGAUAAAGCCAAGGUGAAGGACGAGCCACAGAGAUCUGCAAGGCUAUCUGGUAAACCUGGAAAGCCAGAGCCCAGACCUAAGAAGGUGUCUGCAGAGGAGGGAGACAUAGUACCCACUGAGGGAAAGGGGGAAGCUGAUUCCAGCCAGGAUGGGAAUAACCCUGCAGAGCAUGGAGCUCCCCAAACAGACCCGGCACAGAGAGCUGAAGGUGCUGCCGAUGCCGGGUGA